AUAUCUUUUAUUUUCGUACGUUUUUAGGAAACUAAAAUUCUAUGUUCAAUACCGGAAGGGACCUAAAACAUAAAAUUCGAAGCAACUAAAUAUAAUAGGUACAUUUAAAUCACGCCAGUUAUAUUUCAUUCCAACUGAAUUAUAUGUUAUUAUAAUUUCAAGCUCGCUACUUAAUUUUUCAACAAUGUUUCCCCGCAUAAAUUUAAUAUUUUUUAUAUUCAAGUGCCCUGAUCCCUGAUCACAAGAGCCGUGAAUUAAAGUUUUCUGUCCGUGGAAUUUCGAAAACCACGUUUCCGAUCGUUUCACGCUUAGCUGUCAUUACGAUAUAAUGUAUCCAAUAUUAUUAUCGUAAGAUUCAAGCGUGCUAUUAAUACGAGCGAUUAAAAACUUUAUAGAAUUGGUCGCGCGAUAAUGUAAUUUCGACGAUAGCAGGGAAAAUGGCAGUAUACAUAAACAAUGAGAAAUAACCGCGCAUUAUCUGUUUAAUGGUUCAUUCAGCCAAAAAUCUUACUCGCAAAUCGUCCAAUGACUGGAUGACGGCACGAUCGUAUACGACAAACACGCUCGCGAGAAUCUUUCCAGUUACAUAAUCGCUCUCGUAAUAUUUUUUGCAACGUCCACGUACCGAGAACGAAGUGGACAGCAUUCUUAUCUGGAUGAAAAUUUCUAGAUCAGAAUGAUUAACAAUCUGCUUAUAUCUAUUUCUCUUCAAAUCAAGAUUAAUGUUAGGAUGAAAUAUUUCACAACGUAGUCAGAAUCAAAAAUAUUAAUUAAAACUAAUUAAUUUAAAUUGAACGAAAUUUUGAUUUUAAAAUAGAAUAUGUUAUAGCGAAGAAAAACAAAGAGUUUACUGUUGAAUCGAAUAAACGUUGCGAAUUGAUUUAAAUGAAUUCAACAAAAAUUUAAUGAAAUUAUUUAAAAAAAUGAAUACUGCGACAAAUGUCAUGUAAUUUCCAGUGAUCUCGAAACAAAAUUUAAGCUUCGUAGAAAUUUCCACGAGCACUAGUCAGACAAUCAGCGUGUUAAAAACGUAAUACAUGGAGUCUUAUUUUUAAUUUCCUUCGUCUUUUUCAACGGACGACCAAGAAAGGAUUAAUUCGUGACAUUGAAAACAGAAACUUUGCCGAGAUGUUUGAGACGCAAUAACUCAAGGACGUCAACGUAUUAUUCUCACUGCGCCAUGCCACACAAAGGAUGCGGGAAUGCCACGCGCGUUUUUCGGGUCCUGGUUGCGAGCCGUUGGCAUAAGCGAUGGCAUAAACCAGGAACACUGUACGCGAAACGCCCACACACGCACACGCGAAUGGGUCGUUGGCCCCUGCCGCACAUCCAGGAUGUAUAUUUGGCUGGGAUACCUGUAACGAUACCAGCGAUCCUAUAUUUGGCUAGUUGCAAACAAAUCUUUGUACUUUUGCACAAAUCCUCACCCCCUCUACAUAAAUUACUUCUUAGAGACGAUUUUUCCAUUGCCAUUGUCGUGAUUAUCUGCUUCCUGGUAGAGAACACACAUCUUGGAAGACGUCGUGAUGAUUAAUAAUGAAAAUAGCAAUCUAAAAAAAAGAUUACAGUUAAUAUAGUAAUUUUGUUUAUUAACAAAACUGAACAAAAAUACAUAAAUAUAUAAAAUAAAAUAAACGUGAAAUGUCCAUUAAAUAUCCGCCACGAGUAUGUCGACAGGCCUAUUUUGCUACUAAAAAAACAGAAUCUUGAAACCCCCUUUUGAAAAACCCUGUAUUCCUGUCACCAAAAAAAAAAAAAAAAAAAAUACAAUCGCUGCAAUCACGAAGGGAUUAACGACGGGGCUAUUUUUUUCUCCAAUUUAUUUCCAUAGACAACAAUGAAAACGAAACCAUUGUUUACGUCCACGUGGAGUUCGGUGGGUUGCACCUGAAAGUGUUCCGAGUUCGCUUUUUUCUACGCAUCCUCCGAAUAUCAAGGAGCCUCGAAGAACUCGAUACGCUUUAGUUAGGUGAGCCAUUCCGAAAGGCAGGUGGUUUCGCCCACCUGGUCGUGACGCUCCCUCGCAUGUCUCUCCUUUUUUUUUUCUUGCUGCUUGAUUUCCUUAUUCGGAGGAUAUCGUGUUAUUGCGUCUCCUCGCAUCUUCCUCAAUUCAUGCAUAGUCGACCAGUGACAAGGUUUUCCUGGAGUUCGUCAUGUGUUCCCAUCGAAGCUAGUAAUACGAUAGACGGUACGUAAUAAAUAAUACGUGCUUCCCUGUUGGCUAGUUGCGCCGCAGUCGUUUAAUUAUUUAUACCCUUAUGUGCACUAUAGCAUAUGCCGCUAAAUGCAGACUGCCACCGAAUGAAUGAUGUACUUGUGGGAGGAUAUUAUGACAGAAAAAGUGAAUUUUAUUACUAGACCGCGGAUGUUUAUGCUUUUAUGUUGAACGAAAAUGUGGGUAGAUCUAUGAGAAUGUCCUCAAAUGCAAGAAUAUACGAAAUAUCAACAAUAAUAUACAUGAUAUACCGUUUAAAAGAUAAGACAUAUUUUCGUUCAAGUUUCAAAGUUUUUCCUAUAUCUGCGAAGACACGAAUUUGCAUAAACAUUCGCAGUCUUUCAUUUAUGAUCUACGAUAAAAUUAAAAUAUGUGGUUCUCUUUGCUAGCUCUUGUAUGGAUUGAAUUUUGUUGAACGUUUUUAUUGCGCUAAUAUUUGAAACUGAACAAGGAUAGACGAAGACACUAACAAAGAAGAAAGAGGAUGAAAAAUUAAAUAAGAAAAAGGAAUUUAAAUUUGUAAUUUGUUGAAGGUGAAGAACGGCGCUAAUAAAUUUAAACUAUAAGAGGACUAACGAAGAGAAACUGAAGAAGAAGAAAGGAGAAAAGAAAACGAAGAAAGAGGAAGAAAAGUUAAGAAAUGAAAUGGAGUUUAAACUUGUUGAAGGUGAAGAAUGGUGGUUACAAAUUUAAUUUACAAAAGGACUAAUAAGAAGAAAAUAGAAAAGAAAACGAGGAAAAAAGACAAGAAAUUAAGAAAGAAAAAGGAGUUUUUGUUUAAGAUGAAGUGCGGCGCCAAUCACGAUUCCUCUCGUCCAAACCGAUGAUCCGUGGAACAAGACGACAAAAAUAUUUUCCUCACGGAUUUGUUUUACAACCCAUACGGUGCCAUAUACGUUAGACGCUCACUAUAUCGUAUUACACGCACGUUACACUUGCGUACGUGAAUUGUAAAUUACGGAAGAUCGUGUCCGAAGAUGACCUAGAUACCCAACGGGCUGCAAGAAAGGGCAUCGACGUCAAGCUGGCAUGCUCGGGUUCUUUAUGCUCUCUCGGAAAGGGAAAUAGAGAACGACUGGAAAAAAAAGGGUUCGACGGUCACCACUUCCUUUGCACGCCAAAAUUCCCGCGGUCCCCGGGGACGUUGAAAGCCGUGAGAAAAAGGAGGACAGAAUGGAAGUGUCCCGUGGAAAAUGCUCGGGGUAACGUUCAAGGCGCAUAGGUUGAUCCUCGCAGCAUGCAGCAAGCACUUUCAAGAGCUAUUCGAAGGAAUGCCUCCUUCUCCGGCGGGACUGAUCGUUAUUCUCGACGGGACGAGUGCCCACAAUAUGGCCUCCCUUCUUGAAUUCAUGUACCGUGGCGAGGUACACGUGUCCCAGGAAUCUCUCAGCUCUUUCCUCAAAGCGGCCGAAUGCCUCCAAGUAAAAGGUCUGUCCAUCGAGCACGAAAAACUGGCGGUGGCGCAGAGGCACGCCGCGGAGAGCAACAAUAACUCGUCCACGGAAACCGCGGGUAGCGGAAGCGGUGGAGGUGCCGUGACUGCGAGCGAAAAUGGCGGCGGCGUCGGCGGUAACGUGGGUGGUAGCGUCGGCGGCGGUAUCGGCGGCGGCGUCGGCGAGGUGAGCGACUUGAGCGAAGCGGGUGAAGCAACCAUGGUGAGAAACACCAUGAAGAGGACCCCCACACCGGCACCGUCGCCCGCCCCUGCCUACACCGUGCCCAGCGUCUACUCUACCUCUCACUAUUACGAAAGUCCUCCGAAAAGGCUGAUGAGAUCGCCCAGUGACGUUGAUUCUUUGGGAAGGGCGAGUGUGUUACGCGACGGCACUGCCUUCCGGCCCGCAUCCGCGCCACAUCCGCUUCUUCUGGAGAACCACUUCUAUCAACCGUUCACCCACCCCUCAGAGACGCCCGCACAUCCCCACACCGCGCCGCACACACCAACGGAAUUGGAACAGGAAUUGGAACGAUCGAGGUCCGAGGAACGUAGCAAUUGCGAUCUCAAGGAAAGCGUAGCUGAAGAUCUUCGGAUAAAGCAAGAACCGGUGACGCUGACCGAUCGCGAGAGGGCAGAAAAAUUGGCGGAAAGAUUGUCAGGCGAAGUUUACUCUAGUGGAAGGGGGUUCGAUGGGAGUCAUUAUGGCUCAAAUUCGGACCACAUGCAGCACGGCGCGCAAAUGGGUUCCGCGAUGGUGCCGUUGCCGCCGGCUCAUCCACCGACUCCUGAUCUCAGUCCUGCACCCACCACCCCCGCUAUGUGGAACACGAAGAUCAACAAGGCUGGCACUGUCACCACUCCUGACGGCAAGAAGCUGAAGUGUCCGUUCUGCGAGAGACUGUACGGCUACGAGACGAAUCUGCGCGCCCAUAUACGACAACGUCACCAGGGCAUCAGGGUGCCCUGUCCGUUCUGCUCGCGGACGUUCACGCGGAACAACACCGUCAGACGGCACAUAGCGCGGGAGCACAAAGCCGAGCUCAAUCUGAAGGCCUUCCAGCAGUCGAACCACUCGGUGUCGGACACGGUGCCGCAGUAAAACGACGCGUCCACGUCGUAGCCGUGGCCGUGGCCGUCGUGGCGGCGAUAUCAGCCCCGUGGCUGCGCAAGUUACCAGCGAGUGGCACGGAAACGAACGCGGAGGGACUUGGAGGACGAGAACUGAGCGAUGCAGGAACGACGGGCGAAGAUACCGCAUGGUUCACCUUUGCCCUUCGUCGUUGGUCAACGUCGUCCAUAUGCCAGGUCGCGUCCGAGCGGCUCUCCGGAUACGUCGUCCCCAUCGAGAAGUCGCGAACGCUGCAACUGACAAGCGGCAAGCUCUCUAACCGAGGGACGAGAGCCUCCGACUCGGAUCAGAGGAUCGCAAAGGGCCGAUCCUCGCGACCCCCUGGGUCAACGCGGCGAUCCGUUCGCGAUAGUUGUCAAUUACGCUGCUGGAGCGUCCAGUGGUCGACCUCGUGUCACGAACCGACUGCUGAAACCGUCUCGAGGCGUAUCGCGCCCAAGGAAUUUCGGAGAAUGCGAAGGCGAAUCGUUUGGCUCGUGGUUGAUCAGUCCCCCGAGGCGAUCAGAGACCACUCGGGGACUCCCCGUUGCGACUGGACGAGCCUCGCUUCGGUCCACGCGCAUUUUUUAAGCCAUUUUUGCAGACCUGGAGUUGUAAGCCUCUAUCGCGGAACGUGCUCGAUUUUACUCGCGGGAGAUUGAAUCUCUGUGUAGAGUUCAUCGAGGGAAAGAGGAUUUGUUUAAUUCCUUAUGAAUGCAUUUGAUAUGUCUGCAGAUACAGACACGUGUCUCUGUGGAGUUCACCGAGGAAAAUUUGCUUGCUGUUUCCUCGUGGAUGGAUUUAAUAGGCUUGCAGAUACAGACGCAUCGCUGGAAGAUUAAUUAACGCGAUAAGCAAUGGUCAUGUACGCGUAGCUGAUUCUCGUCACGGGCCAAUGUCACGUGUAUAAGUGAAUACAUGAACUGUAGACCAGUGUUAAAUUAUACGCGAUGUAUUCGCAAUAUUCAGCUAGCCUAUGUAACCCAGAUGUUACAAUUGUUUUCAAAGGAAUGGUACUAAGAUUUUUGUAGCGUAUAACACAGCUAAUGCAGACUGAAAGUCAUCGAGUGGAAACUUCAAGUACAAGUACAUUUGAUCCAUAGUUUAAAUGAAUUUCAGCGGAAGCACUUUAGUAAUAUCUGGGUCGAUGCAUUUUAUCAAUCCAUGAGCCGCUCGUUGCAUUAAUCGAUUAACUCCAUAAUACAAAAAAAUUGAGUAAUGCGAUGAAAUAAAGUACAUUGUUUUUUAAAAUUCAUUGUAGAAUGCAUAAAUACAGAUGUAGCUUUCAUCUAACGGUAUAUAGAAAAUUAAUAAGAAAGAAUAGCCAAGAAAUAACCCUCAGUAAUGUUACAAUUUUUAUGUGACUGGUGGAGUUAAUAUAUUUGUGUAGCGAACGGUUCGUACAGUCCUCAUUAUGUAAGAACCAUGAAUGCGCCAUUCGAAACUGGACAAUAAUCUACAUUAAUAAGCUCGCAGUAUAACUACCGUUACUACUCGAUGCACACGUGGAUCUUAACCCAAAGUUAGGGAUCCAAACAAAAAAAAUCAUUCAAUGGUGCACAUAUCUCUACUCAACAAAAAUAAACAUUAUCAUUCCAUGCAUGGUUCUGGGAUAAAAGGGACUGUGCGUUAGUAUCCGUUAAAUUAAAUACAAUGGCUACGAACAUGGCCCGUGGCGAAGAGCGUUAGCAAAUAUGCGCAACCAAGAAAUCUUUUUCAAAAGAAAGAAAUGGAGCGCACGCGAUAGAGGGUUGAAUUCCGGGUCGGUUCUCCGCGAACCAACCGCGGAAGGAACGGACGUCGCGCGAAACUCGGACGUGGCAAGGAGGCGUUGACCAUGAAAUAGGAAAAUUGUCCCGGUGAUCGGAUCACAGAAGACGGAAGAGAGAAGACGGAAAUGGAACAAGGAAGAACGAGGAAGGAAGUUUAAGGGAAGGAAGACACGGAAACGAAGCACGGGAAAACGUCGACGUCCGAUUGCUCUGAGCGUAGCUUGCA